AUGGCACAAAGAGGUAGAUCGAGAUCCAGAUCACAGACGAGAGCACAAAACACCCAAGAAUACGUCACGAUAGUUUAUCCCAAAUCUGACAUGACAUCAGAAGAGGUACGUGAAAAAGUAGUUAGUAACAUAGACAAAGCACGCCUUAAAGUCGGAGUCAAAGCAGUUAGAAAAAGGAUCACGCUGUUAAAGAUUACAAAAGCUUUUACUACCACCUCCACUGCCGCCCUCCAGAUCCUAGCCGGCACACUCCCAUUAGAUCUCAAAGUGGAAUUCGAGCGAGUCACAUACAGACUUCUGCACUUCAAAGAAUCAGUGACAUUAGAGGGCUCCAUUCUCCUCGAAGAAGCACUUUUGGAACCAUGCUUCAGUACAACAUCCCUACAUCCAGCCUCCCUCAAAGACUUCCGAUGGGGCAAACAUCCCCCGUCCGAUCAGGGUUUAGAGAUCUUUACCGACGGUUCUAAAGACGACACGAGAGUAGGCGCAGUUUUCCACAAUAGUCAAGAAUUUUUUCAAGAUCACUUCAGAGUCAGCGAUCAUGCCACAGUUUUUCAAGCGGAAUCCAUAGCACUUAGGAAAGCAGCCCUCUGGGCAAGCAGUUCAGAUUUUAACAAGAUCUCUAUCUACACAGACAGUAUGAGCGUCCUACAGAGUAUGAAUAAGACAGGCAAGAUUCCAGCGCAUAUUCAAUCCCUAAAAGAGCUUGUCUCUACUCUGAGUAAUACAAAGCAAGUCACCCUUCACUGGGUCAGAGGUCAUCAAGGGACAAGAGGCAAAGAACGGGCAGACAUUCUCGCAAAGGCCGCCACAUCACGCCAAGACUUAGAUAUCUCCCUUCCGAUCUCCACGAGAGCAGCCAAGCAUCACAUCCAAGAGGCUUUCAUGUCACAAUGGCAAGAAAGAUGGGAACAAGGGGACACCGGAAGAUAUACCUUCGCAAUCUUCCCGAUCGUCAGGCUGUCAAGAGUUACUCGAACCACUACACGGUUCAGGCCCUUUCCAAUCAUGGAAUGUUCCCCCAAUAUUUAG